UGCAAAUGAGGUACGGGAGGAGCAGCAGCAGCAGCAGCGUUCAGUAAGCAGCGGCAGGGGGACUAUUGUGGAACGAUACGAACGCCAGGCGCCAUGCUGAUAGACAACACAGCGGUUCACACAAGACGACCAAGUGCCAAAAACGAGUUACGAGCGUGAACAGCAGAGCAGCGACAUCAGCCAAAGCCACAGCCAGGAAAGGGAACUGGGAAACAGUGACGUGAAAAUUGCAUUUAAACUGCCAAUCCACUCCAAAGCACUCCAACUCAUCAAUCAAGCCAUCUGUCAAUCAUCAUGGGCAACAAGAACUCGUGCUGUGCGUACUCCAGUCCGCAGUCGGAUCGCAAGUCGAAGGACAUGCCGCCAGUGUUUGAGGAGCGACAUCAGAUGAAUCAUCCGCCACACACCUCACAGCAUCAGCUGGAUGGACACCUUGUCUCGACGGCGGCUGUGCACCAUCAUCAUCAUCACCAUAAUCGCCAUCAGCAGGACGGAGGCGAUAGCUUUGAGAAUCAACAGAAUCUGCAGCACAUCUCGGAGCGUGAGCCAGUGGAGGGCGACGAGGAUCCAUCGGUGGAUCCAACGGCAGCCACCAUGUUCCUCGAACGCUCGAAGGUGGAGAAUGGCGGCAUGACGCGUAAACGCUCACAGCAGCAGAUUGCCCAGCAGGCGGGCAGCAUUGGCGGCGGCGGCAGCACACCCGGCGGCAACAGCUGCGGCGGCGGUGGUGGCGUUGGCGGUGGCAUGAAGAAGAGCUCCUCCUGCUCCACCAUCUAUCUGGAUGACAGCACUGUGUCGCAGCCAAAUCUCAAGAACACAGUCAAGUGUGUCUCGCUGGCGAUUUACUAUCACAUCAAGAACCGUCAGUCGGAUCGGCGUCUGGACAUAUUCGAUGAGAAGAUGCAUCCGCUGACGCAUGACCCGGUGCCGGAGAACUAUGACACCCACAAUCCGGAGCAUCGACAGAUCUACAAGUUUGUGCGAACGCUCUUCAAUGCCGCCCAACUGACGGCCGAGUGUGCAAUCAUCACGCUAGUCUACCUAGAGCGACUUCUCACCUACGCGGAAAUGGAUGUGGGCCCCUCCAAUUGGAAGCGCAUGGUGUUGGGUGCCAUUUUGCUUGCGUCCAAAGUGUGGGAUGAUCAGGCCGUCUGGAAUGUGGACUACUGCCAGAUACUCAAAGACAUUACAGUGGAGGACAUGAACGAGCUGGAGCGACAGUUUCUCGAGCUGCUGCAGUUCAACAUCAAUGUGCCCUCUUCGGUGUAUGCCAAAUACUAUUUCGAUUUGCGGACACUGGCCGAGGCGAAUGAGCUCAAUUUCCCCACAGAGCCGCUGUCCAAGGAGCGUGCCCAGAAGCUGGAGGCCAUGUCGCGCGUCAUGCAGGACAAAGUCACAGCCGAGGCGCUCAAGAAUGGCAUCAAGAAAUGGUCCUCCAUGGACAACAUCAGUCAGGGCGGUCCGCGUCGCAGCGUGGCCAUAUUAUCGUGAUUUAUAUUAGCUUACUAAAAACAAAACUAUAAAACAAACAAGAAAAUAAGAAGAAACCAGAUCUGUUUUCUGUAGCAGUCCUCCGUAGUGUGUCGAGUCCGAUUAAGCAGGAAUUUCGUGUUUAUUUUGUACUUUCAUUUCGUUACGAAAUAGCACCCCAAGCAAAUGAUAAAAGAUAUUUAUAAACAAAAACGUUUUAGCCACACACAAGUCUCGAAUUAAGGACCACUUUUUACAUUAUACAUACAUUCAGAGCCAGUGUAUAUUCUUGUGAAAAACUACCGAUUG